AUGGGUGGCGGCGAAGGUUACCGAGCAGUGGGAUACUUUGCUAACUGGGCGAUUUAUGGAAGGCAAUACUUCCCCGAAAUGGUCCCCGCUGAUAAGUUGACCCAUAUCCUCUACGCAUUUGCCGACAACCGUGAGGACGGCGAAGUAAUUCUAACAGACAAAUGGGCGGACUGCGAGAAGCACUUCUCUGGUGAUUCCUGGCAGGACGAGGGCAAAAAUAUGUACGGUUGCUUGAAGCAAAUGGCUCUCCAUAAGAAGCGUAACCGAAACUUGAAGCUACUCUUGUCCGUCGGUGGCUGGACGUAUGCUCACGAGAGCAAGCACUUUGAUGGCCCAAUGGCUACAGCCCAAGGCAGGAAGAACUUUGCCGAUAGCUGUGUUCGGCUGAUUAAAGACUAUGGGUUCGAUGGCAUCGAUAUCGACUGGGAGUAUCCCCAAAACCCCGACCAGGGCGAGCAGCUUCUUCUCUUGUUACAUGAAGUUCGCCAGGCUAUGGAUGUAUAUGCAGAUGCUCUUAGUGGGUAUGGCUCGAGACCACAUUUCGUGCUCUCGAUCGCUGCGCCUGCAGGUAAGCAGAAUUACCAAAACAUGCCUCUUGGAGGAGUUGCUGCAGUUACUGAUUUCAUAAACGUCAUGGGCUACGACUUUGCCGGCAGCUGGGACCAACACGCCGGCCACCAAGCCAAUCUCUACCAUUGCUCGUCCUGCCCAACCCGCACCCCCUUCAAUAUCCACUCCGUCCUCCAUGAUUACCUGGCCGCUGGCGUCCCCGCCUCCAAAUUUGUCCUCGGCAUGCCUUUAUACGGACGCUCCUUCUUGCAAACCUCUGGCCCAGGGAAAUCAUAUACCGGCGGCGUCGGCGAAGGCUCUUUCGAAGGGGGUGUUUGGGACUUUAAAGCCCUGCCCAAACCAGGUGCUGUGGAACACAUCGACGAGGAAUCCGGCGCGAGCUACUCUUUCGACGCAUCAUCCGGAACCCUUAUUUCAUAUGACAGCGUUCCAAUGGCCUGCCGAAAAGCGGAGUAUAUCAAACAGAACGGUUUAGGUGGCGCCAUGUGGUGGGAAUUGAGCGGAGACAAGGCCGGCGAUGAAAGUAUCGUGUCAAACGUUGUUAGAGAACUUGGUGGACACGACGGGGGAAAGAUGGAGCGGAGACACAAUUGUCUGUCCUAUCCAGACAGCCAGUUCGAUAACGUGAGGAAAGGUUUCCCGAAUAACUAG